UCAGUUGAUUGCAGGAUGACUUCCCUCAACCAUGUGCUAAAGGCUAAUGUUCCCAUGCAAUGUAUUCCUCUCGGUUGUUUCCAGGUUAUCAGGUGCAGGGCUGCUGUUGCCUGGGCCCCGGGCAAACUCUCUGUUGAGGAGGUGGAAGUUGCACCCCCAAAGGCAGGGGAAGUCCGAAUCAAGCUUGUGGCCACAGCCAUCUGUCGCACAGAUGAACACCUUCUGCAAGGCUGCUUUCCCAACGCAGACUUCCCAGUUAUUCCUGGCCAUGAAGGAGCUGGAAUUGUGGAAAGCGUCGGAGAAGGAGUGACUUCUGUGAAACCAGGUGACAAAGUGAUCCCCCUUUGCCUCCCUCAGUGUGGGGAAUGCAGCUUCUGCCGGAAUCCUGAAUCCAACUUCUGCCAGAAGUCCCAUUUCUCUGAACCACAAAACCUCCUGCCAGACAAGACCAGCCGCUUCUCUUGCAGAGGGAAGCAGAUCCACCACUUCCUGUGGAUCAGCACCUUUGCAGAAUACACCGUGGUCCCAGAAUACGCCGUUGCCAAGAUAGAUGCUGCAGCACCUCUGGACAAAGUCUGCUUGUUUGGCUGUGGGUUUUCCACAGGCUAUGGGGCUGCCAUCAACACAGCUAAGGUAAAACCAGGCUCCUCCUGUGCCGUCUUCGGCCUCGGAGGAGUUGGCCUCUCUGUUGUCAUGGGCUGCAAGGCAGCUGGAGCUUCCCGCAUCAUUGCCGUGGACAUCAACAAGGACAAGUUUGCCAAGGCCAAGGAGCUGGGAGCCACCGACUGCAUCAACCCUCGAGACUUCCAGAAGCCCAUCCAGGAGGUGAUCACGGAGAUGACCGGGCAGGGCGUCGACUACUCCUUUGAGGCCAUUGGGCACGCGGACACCAUGAUUGCUGCCUUGGCUUCCUGCAAUAUGAGCACUGGUGUCUGUGUGAUGGUUGGAGAACUGGAUUCUGGAUCAGAGAUUUCCAUCGAUCCCAUGCUUCUGCUGCUUGGGCGUACAUGGAAGGGGACUGUGCUGGGAGGUAGUGAACUUAAGAAUUCUGUCUAA